CUGAGACCCCUUUCAGAUGCCUUCUUCGGUAGAGUAGGAUUUCUGUUGCUUUGCUCAUAAACAAUCUCAAGAUAGCUGCUUUCUAACAUCCAAACCUCCUCCCAGAACACUUUUGGUCUCCUGUUCUCUUCUUGUCGUUGCCACUCUCACUUGCUCUUGCUUGAUUCGAUGGCAAUCUCACUGCUGGACACUCCAAACCCUCCCUUGGCCUCACCAAUUGGUUUCGAGGGAUACGAGAAGCGCCUGGAGAUCACAUUCUCCGAGGCACCCAUUUUUGUGGACGCCCAUGGUUGGGGGCUGCGUGCUCUUUCACGGGCACAGAUCGAUUCCAUUCUGGAUCUGGCACGAUGCACCAUCGUGUCUCAUCUCUCGAACAAGAACUUCGAUUCAUAUGUCCUCUCCGAAUCCAGCCUCUUUGUUUAUCCCUACAAAAUAAUCCUCAAGACUUGCGGGACCACGAAGCUCCUCCUAUCCAUUCCUAGAAUUCUUGAACUUGCUGCAGAGCUUUCGCUCUCUGUUUUCUCUGUUAAAUACUCUCGUGGGACCUUUAUCUUUCCUGGUGCACAGCCGUCCCCCCACCGUAGCUUCUCCGAUGAAGUUGCUGUGCUCAAUCAGUUCUUUGGCAGCCUCGAGUCAGGUGGUGAUGCAUAUGUGAUUGGUGAUUCAGCGAACGCAGAUCGAAAAUGGCAUAUAUACUAUGCUGCCAAUAAGCCUGAGCUGCCGAUGGUCACCCUCGAGAUGUGCAUGACUAAGUUGAACACUGAACGGGCGUUAAUCUUCUUUAAGAAUUCGGUGGAAGGACAUGAGUGUCCUGCCAAGGCCAUGACGAAGCUCUCUGGUAUCUCCAAUAUUAUUCCUGAGAUGGAGAUAUGUGACUUCGACUUCGAGCCCUGUGGCUACUCCAUGAAUGGGAUUCAUGGCCCGUCGCUCUCCACGAUCCAUGUGACACCCGAGGAGGGUUUCAGCUACGCUAGUUAUGAGGCAAUGGGGUUUGAUCCUCUGACCUCGGUGCAGCAGGACUUAAUCGAGAGGGUCCUCAGGUGCUUUGACCCUUCAGAAUUCUCUCUUGCAGUCACCAUCUUCGGUGGCCGUGGACUGGCAGGCACUUGGACAGACAAGAUACUUCUUGAUGGUUACACCUGCAAAGAUAGAGUGGAACAAGAUCUCCCAGGCGGUGGCCUGUUGAUAUACCAAGCAUUUGCUGCUUCUGCUGUAACUGCAGUGUCGCCCGGACCCAAUCUACAUUACUAGGAAGGAGAAGAUGGGGAUAAAACUCUGAAAGAUGAUGCCAGAGGAUCCUGCUUGGAAGGUGAAGGGAUGGAGAGAUGAGAAGAGUUCACGAGGAAGAUGAUGUUGUGCAGAAAGUUGGCCAAGUUUUUAGUUCUAGUAGUGUUUUAUGAUCCCUUUUGCCACACUUGACCAGGGAGGGGUCCUUGUGUAACUAGGAAUUCACACGAAUGUGCAGUGGCGUUCGGGACAGAGGAUGCUGGUGUCAAGCAAUAGCUCUAGGUGGCCUCCUAUGUGUGCCACGAUGACCACCAGCAGCAUUUUUUAUAGACCGAAUUCAUGCAUGAUCAGGUGCUGUUUGGACAUAAAAUUUGCAGCCUGCAUAAGUACUACCGAGUGAUCCAACCAAUAUUCUAAUAUUCUACUUGGGUGUCAAAUGGUGUCCUCGAGUUUAUGAUAAGGUCUACAUGAAGAUUGGCACCCUAAAUAAAUGUCAUGCUUUGAAAAUGUAGAAGAGAGCGGCCGUGCUUGCCCAAGAUUGAUGUUUGUUAUGCUUAUUUGAUGCUUAAUUACGCUGGAAAAUGAGAUAUCACAACUGUCCGUUGAUUUUUGGCUGAUAUGGUUUCAACUGAGCCUCCAGAUAGAAUAUGGGCUGAUGGCACUACUACUACUACUACAUAUCAUGCAUGGCAUUUGCUUUGUUUGGGUUUGGUGGAUUUGCAUUGCCUAUCACCUUUGGUAUCCCAUCAUGUGGUAGAAGGGGAAACCCAUCUGAACUGCCGUAGAACUUAUUUUCUCGAGUCUGUUCAAGAAAUCGCUGCUUUUAAACACAAACAGAGGCAUGAUUUAAUAGAAAAGGAUUUUGCCUCUGGAGACUACCUAUGCAGUGGUGACUUGGGAACUCUUUAUCCCUGAAGCAGAGAAUGGUGCGGGCAUAUGUGCAGACUCUCCUCCAACUUUUUGCAGUAAACAAUAGGGCAGUCGCACCGACAUCAGGCUAUAUAGCUAGCAGCUGCCUUAAGGGCAACCUGAUCUCAGUCCUGACACAGUGGCCAGUGUCUUUAAGCCUGUACUUGCUACACUUCUCAUGCAUCCAAAGGGUAAAAUGAACCACCCCCACUAAUUGCAUUCCAGACUGACACAUCCAUCGUCGCUGUUGUUCUCUCACGCAGAUUGAACCACCCAAAACCCUCUCCCAAGCAAGAAAGCAGGAAGAGGGGCGGCGGGGGUGAAAGCUGCAAUCCCUCUCUGUUCUAAAAGAUGAAUGCUAAGCAACCCAUCCAAUCAACAAGCGACAAAAGGGAGAGAAACCCAACAGAACAUCCCAAGGUUACACAACGGGAGUUGUGGGAGAGGGAGAUGUGUGGCAUGAAGCAUGCCGUGCCAACCCACCCUCCCCUACCCCAUCCCUUUCCUCCCACCACCAACCCACGUCACUCGCAGGAUCAAACAGUGGAAGCCAAAGCAGCAACGCCAAGAGGCUAUUACAAAACAGCAUGUUGGUGGUAAUGGGAGUAGUAGGCAGAAAAAGAAGAAGAAGAGAAAAAGGAAACAGAAGAGGAAGAAGAAGAAGAAGAAGAAGAAGAAGAGAUAACUGAUUGAGCCGCUUACACCAAUAUCACAGCACACAAACCUUAAAGCACGUCGGCUGCCUCCUCGCGUAGUGCAUCGUCGUCUUCACCUGCACCGUCAUGAGGCCUGCCUUCGCCCGUCCGCCGCGCCAUGGCUGGCCUCUCUGCCACCGCCUCCACCCUUUCCAUGGCCGUUCCUUCCUCGAUCUUUCUUGUCAGCUGCAAAAAGAGGCCUCCGGAACAGACAAUGCCAAUCCUCCCUCUCUUUCUCCUCGACGUAGCACUGCCUGCUUUGCUGAGCUUGGCCUACGUUCUUCCUUCUCCAUCACAUAUGGCGGAACAGAGCAAAGCAAAGCAGAAGCUAAAGCAAGCACUAAAUCCAUGUACGGGUCCAUCUUCUGUGAUGAGUGCUCACCAUCCCAACUCGGUAGACUCGCUGCGGAGGAUCAAUGGCUUUGCCUCACACCCAACAACACUAGACAAAGCAUACUAAAGCAGAGAGAGAAAGGAAGAAAGAGAACAACUCGCUCUCCUCUUCCCUACGCUGUCUUUUACCGCUUUAUAUGUAAACCCAACGCGACACGCUUCUUCCACGUCCCAUACAGAAAUGGAGAGCUGUACCCCAUACACAGCUCCACCCACAGGAAGUGACCGCAAUGCCCUUCGUUUCCCGAGGCAGCAACGGAGCCCCAAGGGUAGUUCGGGAACUCGGGCCUCAAGGAGACGUACUUCCCCCGGAUUUUACGUAUCGAUGGCUCCGUUUUGGGGAAGGGAAGUUCCUCUCUCUCUCUCUCUCUCUCUCUCUCUCUCUCUCAUCGUUUCUCCUUCGUCCUGCAUCCCCUUCUCUCUCUCUCUCUCUCUCUCACUCUCACCCACCCAGACGCAGAAGCAACAGCAAAAAGCCCCUUGCACGCUCACCGAGCUUCUUUCGGGAGUAUGGAAAUGAGAUGACGGCUAAAUCCAUCAUGCGGAUAAAAAGUAGCAGUCAUUACCAUCAUUUAAUUCUGCUGCUCUCCGCUCUUUGCUUCCUAAUGCAUUGAUCAGCGUAAACAGAGCAGAACACGAGAGAGAGAGAGAGAGAGAGAGAGAGAGAGAGAGCGAUGAUGUAGCUGCAGCGGUCAUCGCUCACCCAUGUGCACGGGGGCAAGCGGGCGGGCAGAAGCCAACAACGAGACCUCCGCCCGGGAGGACCACCGGAGCAAUGCCGGGAAAUGGCGAGAUUACCCCCUCGAGAUGGAGCACAGUGGCAAGCAACCGGAGCAGGGGCACCAUGGUCCGACCACCGCCCACGUACGACGUGCAUUACUACGACACUCUCGGUAGUCGAACGACUCGCAGGCAGCAUUGGGCUCAGAGAAAUCCACGAACAGCAAGAAAAAGAAAAAGAGAAGUGGCUGAUGGGGACUCGCGAAGGAAGGGGACUAGAGAUGGAGUGAGCUUGGAAUCGAGCUUCGAGGAGGAGGAGAGAGAGCAGGACGCCAUCGUCUUCUACAAGGAGCGAGGAAAAGAGAUGGGAGGAGGAGCAGCAGCAGCAGCCCGGCUUCCCGAUUCUAUCUAAUAUCCUGAAGAGAGAGAGAGAGAGAGAGAGAGAGAGCCCGACGUCUCUGAUACCGAGCAGAUCUGACGGUGUCUGAGCUCCAUCGCUUUCCUUGAGAUCUCUCGAGAUCUACCUCUGCUGCUGCUGCUGCUCUCUCUCUCUCUCUCUCCUCCUCGUGUUUCUGUAUCUUCGUAAGGGGAAGCUAAUAGAGCAGUUAUCCUCCGGUCCUUUCCA